AUGGCGGGAACACAAAUGAUCAGAGUUACACUUCAACGUGAUAGUUUACAAACUCCAUGGGGUUUUCGUUUACAAGGAGGUGCAGAUUUUUGCGUGCCCUUUACUGUUAACAAAAUCACUGCUGGUAGUCCUGCUGAUGGUAUUCUUCAUCGUGGUGAUGUUAUUCUUGAAAUCGAUCAAAAACAAAUUAGUUCGAUGCCUCAUGUUGAUGCACUUGAACUUGUACAACGAGCUGGUGGUCAAAUAACAUUUCUUAUUGAAAGAGGAUCAAGUCCUCUUGGAUCAAUUAUGAAUAAUCAACGCCCAAUGUCAGCUAUGCCUUGGUCUUUAGUAAAUGCUACUUCAUAUUUAAAUAAGAAUUUUCAUUUACCUUGGUCUACACCAGUUGCUCCUCAAAGUCCUACGGCAUUUUUUCGAAGUCGAGGAAUGGAACGAAUACCUGAUCCUAAGCCAAUACUUAGUCAAACAGGUAGUCCUCUUAUGCCAGGUCCAGUUCCGUCGGUAUCAACUAAAACUCGUGGUUAUACUAAACCACCUGUUUUUCAUACCGAGCCAACUCACUUAUCCAAUACAUCACCACUUCCGGCUUCAUAUUCUCCUGUUCGUUUUACUUAUCCAAGUACAACAAAUAAUGGUCAUUAUCCAACCGUAUCAGCAGCAGCAUAUCAACCUGCUUGGAAAGAUUCAUUAGGUCAUGAAUCUAAUCGUUAUGUACCUUCUUAUCAAAAGAAGGUUGCAGUAAAUACAAUAAUUCAAAAACAAAAUCCAACUAGUCAAAAACCUCAACGUAUCCAUCAACAAUAUACAACAAUAGCAAGAUCACCACAACCUUAUCGACCAGCAUCAGUACAGCCAAUAGGUCUUGUAAAUCGUCAAUAUAAUUCACCAAUAUCACUUUAUUCAAAUGGUAAUGUUCAAGAUAUUAUGAAAGAUCAUGUUAGUCAUAUCACUCGUGUCAGUAUUAUCCCAUCGAUGCCUAAACAAUCACAUGGUAAUUAUGUAAUUGGAAUAUCACCAUCACAUGAUACAUAUACAACAGCAAGUACACCUAUUUGCUAUGUUAAACCAAAACAAAGUGCUUAUGCAUCAGACUUUUAA